GCAAUAUUUAGUCUUGCCUCCUUCCCAGGAGAAGAACUUAGUUGCUGUUUACCCGAUAAAGGGCCAUUUGCAGAAUUUGCAACUGAGUUAAACGGAUGUCCAACAAAGCUAUGAACCACGGCUACGGGGUCUACCUCAAAAUUUUUAUGUUAGCCUUCGAUACCAUAAAGAAUAUCGUCGCCGAGUAUUUACUUGUUCGACGUUACCACGAUUUGAACGCAUAAAGACAGCAUUAACCUUGGCACAAGAAGAUCCAUCGGUGUAAUCCAAGAAAAUUAAGUCUUCAGAAAUGGAUUGCUCCAUGAACAAUAACACGCUCGACCCGAAUGUUGGAAUGACAGAGAGCAUUAUUCAUGAAUACCAGCUGCCCAAGUUGAUAGGGCCGGAAAAGUGGAGAGACUUGGCUCGAAUGCUAGACUUCAGCCAAAAUGACAUUGACGCAAUCCAAGCUGAAAAGAUCAGUUGCCCCAAGGAAUGUUGUAUCGCUGUCCUCGUAAAAUGGAUCCAUCGAAAAGGACGAGAGGCCACUGUUGGAAAGCUUGCAGAUGCAUUAAUCAAAAUAGAACUAAAGAGCGUGGCAGAUAAAUUAAAGGCUCCUGUCAAUGAUAGAAGAACACUCACCUUUGAGGUUGGAGGAACGAUUAAGGUAGACGAUGAAAACCAGAUCAUAUUGGGCUACGACAGAACUGAAACGUCAACGUUCUUCGUGUGGGAGACUAAGAGAAAAGAAUUCAAUACGUCUUUGAAGGAAAUCAAAGACUACAUUAAUGCUAUCGGCCAGAUUACAGGAAAUACGCCAAAUUAAAAGAAACAGAAACUAGCAGCACAGCUGAAUAUUCACAUCUUACCCUCAAAGUAAACCAAAUCUCCGAGAAGUUGGAAAUUCUGCAAAUGAUUCUGUCAAACAUAACUUCCAGUUUGGAAAUGCACGAACUGAAAGAAGAAACCUUCACCGUCCAAAAAAAGUUGGAUAUCAUCGGUACUCAAGGUAGAAAUCUCGUGGAACUGUAUUCGAAAGUAACAGGCAUGACAAAGCAAGCUUGCACAUGCGACGAAAUUGUGAGGAAACAAUUUUAUGACUUCACCUUUCAUAACUUAAAAGCCGUGCACAAAGAUCUAAACGCACGUGUUGCGGACUUACAAUCAGGAGACACAAACAUGACGAAAGAAGAGAACGAAAAGCUUCAAACUUUGCUCGCAGACCAAAGAGAAAGAGAAAAACAGGUUGAGCGAUUGGAAGAAGUGCGGGCGCUGCUACGCUUGCCGACAGAGGAAAAACUGAGGAUAUCUCAAUAUGCAACACCGGAGAGACGAAACACAGAGCCAUCUAUUCCAGCGCAGAUGCAAAGAACACAUUCGGAAGCGACGUUGCCGAAUAAAACUGUCGAGCUCAAAUGGACUAAUACGCGGAGUCGUUUCAGAAGUAAGGGGAAGAGUAAUGAGAAUAUGUACAGUCUCGUAUCUUUUUCUAAAAAGGCUCUGGAGGAUUCUUGACUCCCGAUGAAAGUCCUAAGUAAAGAGUUGCAGGUCACAUUACGUAAUGCAUGAUUCUAACGAAACUAUAUACACUUUUUAUGCCCAACGUAAAGCAUGUUCCAUGUUUAGAUACUGAAAGCCCUCUAAGACUCUGAGCAUGUACUUACUUGAAAGAAGAAAAACUGAGACUAUCAUCUUUGCCAAAUAGGGUAGUUUUUACUGUGUUUCUUAUUUAGUGGUUAUGAAUGCAAAGUCUGCAAGGAGCCUUAAAGGAAAUGAGAUACAAAUUUUUCCCUUUUAUGAUAUAAAGGGGAGAAUUUAGUGAAAGUGUGUUGUUUUGUCGCUGAUUUUUUGUAGUAUUCUUAUAAUUGCAAUCCAUGGUUCAACAUUAUUGUAAGAGACAAUAUAUAGAUAAAUCAAAUGGGUCACGCUUGACACAGACUGUUUUAUUCUAUUAUUGGUACAUGAUUAGUUAUUAUUAUCAAUUGUUUGACACAGAAGAAACAACUGGUGGAAUUCUUAAAGGUGUCAUCACGAUUGUUAUUAAUAUAAAUACAAAUUUGUACAGGAGAAGUAUUAUAAAAUAAGAAAAACAUCUUGCUCCAAAUUACUAAUCAUGUAAUUGUACCUGAAACACUGCACAACUGAUACACAUCAAAGCUUGUUGGGCGUGUGUUACAUGUAGUGGAUUGAUAUAAUUUUAUAACAAUAGUCAAUGAUAGCGGAAAAUUAGGAAAAAAAAAUCAGGAAAAACAGGACUCUCAACUAUUCUUUAAUCAAUACAACUGCCUGGGCUACAGUAGCAGUGCUGAUUGAAAACAAAAAAUUAACACGGAAUUUUCACGUAACUUAUGGAGGCCAAUGAUCGUAUUCUUGCGACUAAGUUAAUUCUAGUUUUUGUAGUAAGAAAAAAUGUUUUGCUGGACAUUUUUGAUGAUUGCAAUGCAAAAUUGAUAUGGAACUUUGAAGUUUCAUUUGGAGGCCUUUGGGAGUGUUCUCCCAGCUAAGUGAGGUCUGAUUGUUAUCAAUAAAUCAUGUUAAAAAUUUUCCGCAUUAAUAGCUCUGACUAUCAAAUUGAUUUAUACUUGUCAUUUAAUUAUUGUCGCUAUGAGUAAAUAAAGUUAAGAUUUCGCCAAGUAAUGAUCACGUAUUUCAGAUCAUAAAUGUUAUGACUCAUUAUGGUUAGGGUUAUUACUUUGUUUCUCGUUGUUAUAUGGAAUGAAAAGAAAAAUAUUUGUUCAACAGUUCAGUUGAGAUGUUAUUGUACUCCACAGACAUGAGAUAGACACUGAUUGUUGUUUCGUUUUGUAAAUAGGUGUUGCCUUUGAUGACAGAUAUAUUUUAA